AUGGCUUCGCUUGUCGCCGCUGCUCGCGUGGCGCUGGUCUUGGCAGUAUUGCCGCUGGCCGCCAUGGCGUCGCCCCCGUCGGUCAUGUCCACCGUCAUCUCCUUCUGCCCCGACGAGCACUUCUCCUGCGCCUCCCCGUCCACUGUUCGCGCGCCGUCCUCGCCCGCCGACUGCGUGCCCUUCUUUCCCAAACAAGCUGACGUGGCGGCCAGCUACGUCAUCGUAUGGGAUGCUCAACGUGGAAUCAGCGCACCGCAUUCCGUCUGUCGCGAGCUCACCUUUUGGGACUCGCCCGACUGCGCGCGCUCCUCCGCGUCCUUUUCCGUGAACAUGCCCGGAGAGCUCCUCUCCCCGCCAGGCACUACCCCUCCAGAAACCAUAGCGGCCGCGCGUCGGGCGGAGGCUCACUCGCACAGCGCAACGAGCGGCUACUUCGGCCCCACUCCUACGUACGCCUCGAUUGGCUCCGUGAGUUGCGCUCAAGUGGACGAGAUUGAGCCGCUCAUCCAGGGGGAAUCCGCGCAGCAGCCUCUGCCCGUCACCACGGUCUACGAGCCGGCUGCUGACGGUGGCGCUUGUUCCUGCAGUGCCAUGCCCACAGUCGCCAUUGUCUCUCUGUCCGUCGCCGCUUUCUGCGUCGUUUUCGCCGUCGCUGCCAUCGUGUUCGCACUCACUGUCGUGCGACACGCGAACCGUGUGGCCGACGACGCUGCGGCAGCAACGGUGGCAGCAGCAACGGCGAAAGGAGGCGCGAAGGGCUCGAUGACGGACGAGGCAGAGCCGCUGUCACACCACGGCGCGCUGGCGGGCGUUUUGAGUGGCGGAGGGCUGCUGGGAACAGCGCGCGUGCACGACGUGAAAGGCCAUGAGGAUCCGGCUGGAGCUGUAUGA